UAUUUUGUUUUAUCCUGCAUAAAUCUUUUUAUUGAUGUACUUCUCUAAACAAAAUAAAAGUACUUUGGAACGAAUAACAUUAUAAAAGGUACUUCAGAAACAUGUGUAAAACAAUCAAGAUACACGGCUUUAACAACUCAAAUAAUGCUAAAUCACAUUCAUACAACGCGACUGGGAGAGAAGGAAAGUAUUAGUUCAAUGUGUGAUUUAUUUGCAAUAAUCUUACUAGGAUUACAGUAAUCUUUGUAGUCUUCUUGAGAUUAUAGAAACGCUCAUAAAGCAAACGUUGCUGUCGUCUGCCAUGAACGCCCGUGUCAUCAUGCCUGGGAGACCCGCAACGAUAAUCUACUGGUCUUAUCAUCGGCAUGAACGCCGCAUCAAACGCUAUUGUAGACUCUAAUGUUAUGAAAGUAAUAAAUCAUAUCUGAUUAAAUAUAUAGUCUUAUACUUAGUUAUUAUGAAAGGUCAUGAAAAAACAGUGUUCUAAAAGUGUUUGUGGUGGUAUUAAUUGUUGCCGUAUCUGCUAUAUCAUAUAUACAUGACGAAUCUGGCUUUAUAAUGACAAUGCACAGAUUGACACCGGUGAUGAAAUUUAUAAAGUUUUUACCUUUGGAAAAAUUAACAAAUUCACGGAACAUAGGAUUCAACGGAUAACUCAUCGAGAAAAAUACAUUUUUAUGACAAUGUUUAGCCGACGACAGUUUCUCAGUGAAUCCGACUUGCCGUUAGAGAACAAUAAAAUGUACCGACGAGAAUCAAUCACAGAUUAUAUAACAAGUCGACGAGGGUCACUAUCUGAUCUGGUAUUUAGUAACAGCAGAUAUCUUGCACGAGAUUCUCUUGGUGCUCAACUUUCACGGAGAUCACGUCAUCUCAGUUUGUCCAGCCAGACGUCGGUUAUAGCACAAAAACAAAGGUCUUCAAGUUUAGUACCUCUACAGAAAUCUCAAAUUUUACCACGUGACAUUCGCUCAGAAUAUAACACUAACACUCUGUCAAACUUUGAGAAACGUUUUAUGAAAACGAAAUCAUUGAAUAGUUUCAACGGGUCAUCUACAAGGGUCGAUGACCAGAAGAGAAAUUCGAAAGGUCAGAUUAACCUAAAUAAAAGACGGAAAUUAUUAAAAAAGAUUAAAUCCCUACAGACGUUUGACAGCGUUUUAAAAGCCAGACAGAGCAGACGGCGUUUUGACCCAUUGGCGAAGUUUCGAAGGGCCGCGAGAAUCGUUCUGCUUCUUCUGAAAGCAACAGCAAGCAGCAGACAUGCAAGUCAAGGUCAUCAAGAUCACAAAUCCUGGUCACAACUUGCGGAAGAACAGAGCACAGCAAAACGAACGUACGACCUGUUUGGGAUAUCAUUCGAUCCAUCCAUGUUCAAGGCAAAACGUGAGAAGUAUUUAAGUAACGAGGCUAAGGUGAUAAUGUCAAUGUAUCCAGGCGACAGGUCGGACGAGCAGGUGAAGCUAGCGUUACUUGCCCUCAAUCAAACUGUAGAAGCUUUCGGAGAAUUCCCAAUCAAAUUACAAAAGUCACUAGCUAGUGUGGGCUGGUAUGAAAAUUUCGAGGCAAAGAGGGUGAUCAUUCGUCAGGGACAUAUGGCUGAUAAUUUUUACUUUAUUCUCUCAGGGACAGCCGUUGUCACAUUGCUAGAAACAAACAGGGAUACUGGUGAAGAGGGAGUCAGAACAGUAGCGUUCCUACGGAAAGGUAACAGUUUUGGGGAACUCGCUUUAAUGCACGGAGCGAAACGGAGCGCUACAGUCACGUGCCAGACGAAUGUUGAACUUCUAGCGGUCAGUAGAGAAGACUUCAUUGAUAUAUUCAUGCAUAUAGAGAAAGACAAAGAACCAGAUCACAUCAGUUUUCUACGUAACAUCGACGUAUUCCGCGGCUGGCCCGUGGAAAAAUUACCUCAUAAUAAUCCUAGAAUAUGUCUCUUCACUUUUUUCAGGCGUGGUGUUUUACUUUGUAAGGACAGUAAUGCUACCGACUGGAUUUACGUCAUUAAGACGGGCACCUGUCGAGUCCUGAAGGAUCUCUUUGAUACCAGACCUAAUAUACCUGGUCUAGAAUAUGUGCCAUAUUCUCUCAAACAAUCUUAU